UGUCUUGUCCAGUUCAGUGAAACCUAUGGUCCUGUGAUAACAUUGUACCUGGGGUGGCAGCGGACGGUUGUUCUGGUAGGAUAUGAUGCAGUGAAGGAGGCACUGGUGGACCAGGCAGACGACUUCACAGGCAGAGGGCCACUACCGUUCCUGCUCAAAGUUACCAAGGGCUACGGGCUGGGGAUCAGUAAUGGGGAGCGCUGGCGCCAGCUGCGACGUUUCACUCUGACAACCCUAAGAGACUUUGGGAUGGGACGCAAGGGGAUGGAGGAGUGGAUCCAAGAAGAGAGCAAACACAUGAGGGCACGCAUUGAUACAUUCAAAG